AUGUCAAGCCCACCGUCUGCAUCUGAGAAUACCUUGCCUGACUCCCUGGUGACACCUGCUGCGUCUGCCCAACAUGAUUGCUCUAAUGGGCCCGAUCCAUCGUCCCGCAAGCACCGUCGCCACAUCGCUCCAGACCAACACCACCACCACCAGCUCAUGCAUCAGGAUGCUCAGCAAGUUCCUUCUCCCUCCCGCGCCGAAUCCCCUACGGCGCAUCAAUGGUCCAAGCCCAGUUUAGGCUUUUCCCUGAAAAGGGCCUCAACGCUUCCCGCAGAGCAUCUGUCUCGUCCUGCUCCGUCCCAAAGCCCCCAGUUGUCCGAGAGGGAUAGUAUCUUUGCAACACAUUAUCUGCCCGCCGAUUACGAUUCCAAUAAUACACCAACAUUUCCACCCGUACAAGACGCUGAUCAUAAUGCUUUGCCGUCCGAGUUGAGUCCGGGAUUGGACGAUGUGUCUGUUUCUUCAAUAUCUCCUUCCAAGGUCUCCCCUCGUCGCUCUCACGUCGAUCGGUCCCACAUGGAAGUUGACGUCCACAGAAACCACUCCCUUCGUCCUCCUACCUUCCUUCCGCCUUCCAUCCCUGUCCAUUCCUCCACGCUUCGGCCCAUCAAACCAGAUGUAGCCUGGGAGAAACAGCACGAGGAUCCGGACAGGAGCGGUCAGCUCCCUGUCUGGGAGGCCGUGCGUUCUGUUGGCAAAGGUUCGUCGGAUGGUAUUGGCUUUAAGCAUCCUGUUUUAGGGGAAUCCUUCCCCAGUCUCAGUCUCAUCUCCGCUUCGUUGAAAGAUGCCCACCCGCCGACCCGUCCUUCCGUGCCGCCCUCGCCAGACCACCUAACACCAGCCCCGCAUUAUGACCAACCGGAGCAACGUGCGCGGGAUAUUCAGACUGGCGCCGGGCCGGAGCGAAGUUCGAGCCGGAGUCGACGUGGGAGGGUGGAGAAUUCGAUUGAAGCAAACCUGACGAAUGCGGAGCUGGCAUCUCAUGUCCGCAGCCGCAAAUCGAGUCACUAUCUGGGCCUGUUCAAGGAGAACACCACCUCCCCAGAUCGCAAACGGAGAGAGGAUCGCGAAGGAAGGCCCGAGGAGCCUCCCGUGCAAGAUCCAUCCCCGGUCGCUACCGCAUUUCUUGAUCCCAGUCAAACCUGGGACGCAUCCCAUUCGCAACCCAUGAGCCCAGCUAAAUCCGCGGAUAGUGGUCUGCGGAGCUCCAGAAGUGUGCCCCCGCCAUCAUUCGCAGACGCUCCUCGGUUCGAACCAGCGAGGGGUGAAGCGCGCCCCCACACAGAGAGUGAUGCUAUCAGCAAACGUCCACAAAAGCCAUUACCGCGCAGCCUGCUGGAGGAGAUUAGAUCCUUUCAUCUGACUCCAGGGGGCGCUCGCGGCACUUCGUUCUCGAAAAGUAUCCCUACUCAAUUCGCUGAAGGGGGCAGGGACUACUUUUCAGACGGGGUGUCUAGUGACGGUCUAUCUCCAUCGGAUACAAUCCGAGAACGUCGUCGGGACUCAGCCCAGGAGGACGAGGACGACGAACAAAUUUCGUCGGCCGUUUACUUCCCGCAUGAGCGUGUUACUGUCCCUGAAGAGGUCAGUCGCGCCCAGCCUUGUCCUGAGGAAUCGGCGGAUGUGGGGCGAUUCGAAGAGAGUUUGGCCCUGGUGCCAAAAGCACCCAGAGUGCCUUCAGGGCAGGAGAGUAGCUAUGUGGAUAUAUCGCUCCGCUCUAAAAAUGACAGUAGGAUCCUUCAUGGCGAGCUCCAAGACCUGCACACUCCUGCACUAGAAACAUAUGAUGAAAACCCUCUCAGCGCUAUAUCGGAACGCAGCGAUGAGUAUUCUACCAGUGACUCCGAGUUCGUUUCGGCGGAUGAUAGUAGCGUCUCGGCUAGAGAGGAUAAAUCUAGCUUGACCGAUGAUGCUGAUAUGACCCCUACUGCCACUCCAACUCAACGUUCGCGGAUCCCACGUCCACGACGGAAGCACAGCACGUCUGCGCCUGUCGGGGCCGUGGAACUCAAGCCCUAUCGACAUCAAGUGGGUGGACAUACUACGGUCUUUCGUUUUUCAAGACGCGCUGUGUGCAAACAGCUCAACAAUCGGGAGAAUGAGUUCUACGAGCGGAUUGAGCGGCGCCACCCUGAGAUGCUAAUGUUUCUCCCUAGGUACAUUGGUGUCUUGAAUGUGACUUUCUCCAAGAACCCAAAACGGCCAAAGGCCUUAGAAAGCCAUAUCGAACCCACAGAUCAAGUGAAUGGAGGCGCAGACCCGAAUGAUGGGAAAGACUUGCAAAACGGAAUGACCGCCAAGCCCGGCCAGUCUGAAAGUGCUGAACCGGCAAGAAUCUUCAGCCAUCAGCAAGUCACUGGUGUUAUUCCAAAGGUGAUACUGGAGAACAAUCGCCACAUCAUUCCGGCCGAUCUUUUCACGCGCUGCCAAAGGCCUCGGACCGCCGAUAGUCCUUCUUCACGCAGUCAACGGUUUACCAACGGCAAUCACAUUUCUAGCCAUAAGCAGUCUCUGGGUAGCCUUUCCCAGGGCAAUGCGUCUGACCCAACGUUGGAAAAGCCCAAGAUGUGGGGUGCCACUACUGUCAACAGGAAACUGCAGGAGCAGGUUCUUCGGGAGGUAUUCAGUCCUCCUGCUAUCCACCACCACCGGCGGCAUGCCCGUGGCCAUUUAAACCUUCCUCGGACAUCCUCGGACACUGGACACCGGAGGGAGAAUCUCUCGGAGGAUCACACGACGAGCCUGCGACACCACGCUUCGGACCACGGCGAAGCACCUCGCUCCUCGUUUAUUGAGAUAUCCGAACAAUUCAAAGAAACCCCCGCCUUAUCAUCGUCAGCCUCAACCGCGUUAGAUUCUAAUCAUAGUCGUCUCGCGAAAGUGCGGACGGAGGAGACUCAGCCCCGCGCUAGCUCACUCACUCGAACGCGACGUGCCAGAAGACGUCACUCGGGAAGUGGCCUCCUGAGAAGAGGAAGCAUGAACUCGGAUCAACCCGGCGGCCAACUAAUGUUCUUCGAUGAUGACGGGUAUGGUGGUGAUAAAGAAGAUGACAUCUUUUCGAUGGAAGGCGAUGCCUCUCUGUCUUCGUCCGGUCGUAUAGAGGCCAAUGGUCCGACCGUGGCGGGUUUGAAGAAUGGGCUUGGUAACGGCGUCCCGCUUUUAGCCCCCAUCGGUGAUAAAUUCGCAAAGCCCUCUGUUCAUCACGACGCGAGUCAUGAUUCCCAGGUGGCGCUUGUUCCGCCUAACCCCAAAGAGGCACAGACCAGAAAUGACGAGAGGGUACAGUUUUUCCUGUUAUUGGAGGAUCUUACCGCGGGUAUGAACAAGCCUUGCGUCUUAGAUUUGAAGAUGGGAACUCGCCAAUAUGGGAUUGAGGCCAGUGAGAAGAAAAGGAAGUCACAGAGGCGUAAGUGCCAGACGACGACUUCUCAGCAAUUGGGCGUCCGACUUUGCGGCAUGCAAUCCUGGAAUGUCAAGAAGCAGGAAUACACCUUCGAGGAUAAAUAUUUCGGACGUGAUCUCAAAUCUGGACGUGAAUUUCAAGAUGCCCUUACGCGCUUCCUUUACGAUGGAUUGAGCUAUACAAGCGUGGCAAAGAAGAUUCCCGUCAUCUUGGACAAGUUGGCUAAGCUUGAGAAUAUGGUUCGACGACUAAAGAGUUAUCGCUUGUAUGCAAGCAGCCUACUGAUCCUCUACGAUGGCGAACGAAAUUCUGCUGAGAAGGAACCUCCGACUGAGGACAAUCAAAAUGGCAAUACGCGGGCACCCCUGCAUCGACGUGCCUCUGAUGAUGGGCACACCAACGCCGAAGUUCAUUUGAAGGUCGUUGACUUCGCAAACUGCGUGACGGGCGAAGAUGAGCUGCCUCCAGAUUGUCCCUGCCCACCCCAGCACCCGGAAGACAUUGACCGUGGUUAUUUACGUGGGCUGCGGUCUCUGAGAAUGUACUUCCAACGUAUUCUCAAGGAGGUCACCAAAGACGAGUUCGUUGAACGAGGGGAAGGUGAAGCUAUUACUCUUAGGUCCAGACACUCCGGUCGUGAAGAAACGACCGACCGCUUCUGGGAUGAGAGUGUGCUGGAGGAGGAUCCCGGAGAAGUCAGCUUUUAA